GAUUGUUAGAUAUUUCUUCUGGAGGCAUUAGUCCUACCUGAAGCAAUAACCAUGAAAUUGGUCGUCCUUUUUCUGUGUCUUCCAUUUCUUGGAUAUUGCCAAAUAGAACCUGAUCAAGAAUUUGGUAGUGACGAUGACAAUGGAAUGCUUGAGCCUCCUCUACCUCCAGUAGAGAAGGACUCUCCAUUACCUGCAGUGGAGCAGGACCCUCCUCUACCUCCAGUAGAUGAGGAUUCUCCAAUACCUCUAGUGGAAAAGGAUUCUUCAAUGCCUGCAGUGGAGCAGGACCCUCCUCUACCUCCAGUAGAUGAGGAUUCUCCAAUACCUCUAGUGGAAAAGGAUUCUUCAAUGCCUGCAGUGGAGCAGGACUUCAUAGAGCAGGAAAACUCUGAAGAUAUUGCAGGAAAUAUGGAUGACAUGAUAACUGAUCGUGAGGAGAAAAUGGAAACAGAAGAUGAUGAAGAUGCUGAUUUGUCAGAGUUUGAAACCUUUGUUGAUGAAGAUGAUGAUGAUGAUACAUACUUAGAACCUGCUGAGAAAGAAGGUGUUAUAGUUGAUGGUGAUAUACUCCUCAGUAAAACUGAAGCUGCUAUUUACAAGAAGAGUGGAUGGGAUGGACUUGCUAAAACUGAAGCAUGGGUAUGGGGAAGAAGGUGGGGCAGAAAAAUAAGAUAUAGGAUUCACAGGAGCUUAAGAGGUAGUUCUAAUAGCAUCCUACGUAGAAACAUCUAUGCCUCAAUGAGAGCAAUUCAGUCACGAACAUGCAUCAGAUUUACAACAAGGAGGUGGGGAACGAGUAUGAGGUGGAGAAGGCGGAGAGGCCGGUGGGGGAGAAGGCGAGGGGGUAGAAGGCGAAUGGGGAGAAGAAGGUGGGGGAGGAGGAGGUGGGGGAGGAGGAGGUGGGGGAGAAGGAGGUGGGGGAGAAGACGAUGGGGAAGAAGGAGGUGGGGGAGAAGAAGAAGGUCGAGAUGGGGGAGGUACAUGUUGUUUAAGAAACACAGCAGCAAAUGCUUUGUACGGGGUAUAGGAGGGUCACUUUUUGGAGCGAAAAGAAUUUUCUUGAGUAAGACUUGCUCUGGAUCAAGACAUCCAAUGACACCAGCUCACGAGAUAAUGCAUGCAAUGGGACGAUAUCACGAGCAAAGCAGACCAGACAGAGACAGAUAUAUACGAGUAAACAGCAACACAUGCCCAUAUCAGUUCAGGAAAGUAAAACGCGCAAGGAUAUAUGGAAUACCAUAUGACUACUAUUCUGUUAUGCACUAUAGUCCAUAUGCUUGCGGCAGUCCUUCAAUGACUAUACUAACUCCAGGUAUAAAUGUGGGAAGAAUGGGACAGCUUCGUGUACUAACAACCAGAGACUUUCAACAUAUCAAUAAAAGAUAUUGUCGAAGUAUGAUGAUGAGACUGGUUGGUGGUAAGGGAAGGAAUGAAGGAAGGGUUGAGGUCUACAAUCAGAACGUUUGGGGCAGUGUCUGUUCUAAUAACUUUGAUAUGAAAGACGGGAAUGUUAUAUGCAAGUAUCUCGGUCAUCCUGGACUGGAGGAGAUAUACAACAAAGAAGAGACACCAUCCUCUAUGGUAAGGACUAGUGAAGGAGCAAUCUGGAUGAAUAAUCUUCAAUGCAAUGGAUAUGAGGAGACACCUUUCGACUGCCUUCAAUCAACAUUUGGUGAACAUGAUUGCACCCACAAUCAAGAUUGUGGCCCUCAAGUGUUCCAGUAAGCAUCACAGUGUCAGU